GUAGAGAGUUUUCAAAAGACUUAGGAGUAUGGUGCAUGCUUCCCUACUUAUUGACCGGGCAACGUAAGGAAUUGAGAUCAAUGAAGAGAAACGUAAAGAAUGGUUUGUUUAUUCACGGGUUGAUUCUUUCAAUUAAGAAACCAUCUGGGCACUAAUGCAUGAAGAAAUUAGGCUUUUCUUAAUGAUCAAUGGCAUCCAUUUAAAACUAGACAAUUUUUUGAACACUUCUAUAUAUGAAUGAGUCUGAAAACCAGCAGGUUCACAAUUUGGGAAAUAUUUCUUCAUCUAGACAAUCAAAAGAACUUGAACUGUUUGAUGUUUAAACAAACCCUUGCAUUGGAUUAUGUUAGAAUUAUUUCUUCAGCUCAGGAAAUAAGGAAGUGGGGUUUAAAUCCCACAAUAGAAAGCCAAAUGCUCCUUGGGGAUGCACAGAAUAAAGAUGGAAAUGCACACUGUUUCGUUGUCAUUGUGGGAAAAGCAGAUCGAAUAACAAUAUGCAUUUCCCACGCUUCAAUCAUACUCAUACGGUGCCAGUGCCAUUCACUGCCCAUCUCACUUUCAAUGUCAGAGCACAACGUAGGGAGGGUUUGUUGAGAGAGGCUUUGCACAACCCACCUGGAUAUUCUUUUACAUAUCUUAAAUUGCUGCAGACCUGCAGUACCAAGAUUGCACUUUCAGAGGUUAAUCAAAACCAUUCUCUCAUCACUGACAACGGAUUUCUAUUUCCCAGACAUACGAUUUUUCAAAAUAACCUUGUCAACAUGUAUGUCAAGUGUGGGAAUUUGGGAGAUGCACGUAAAAUGUUCGACGGCAUGGCAGAAAGAGAUGUUUCGUCAUGGAACACCAUAAUUGCAGCUUACAGAAAACAUGGGUAUCCUCGGGAGACAUUAACCCUGUUGCACCAAAUGCAACGAACAGGCGUCAAACCUGAUCAGUUUACCUUUGCCAGUAUACUGCCAGUCUGUGCCAAAAUAAGAGCUUUGGAACAGGGUAUGAACAUUCAUCCGAGCAUAAUUGAAAGGGGAUUUUUAUCAGAUGUUGUAGUUGCAAGUGCCCUGCUAGACAUGUACGCGAAAUGUAGAAGCUUAUACAAGGCACGUGAACUGUUUGACAAAAUGCCUCAAAGAAAUGUGGUCUCAUGGAAUGCAAUGAUUGCAGGGUAUGCACAGUAUGGUGUUUUUGAAGAGGCUUUAAGGCUUUUCAAAGAAAUGCCUCAACCGGAUGUCAUUUCAUGGACUGCAAUGGUUGCCGGUUGUGCACAACAUGGUGUUGUCGACGAGGCUUUAAGGUUUUUUAAGGAAAUGCCUCAGAGAAAUGUGGUUUCGUGGAACGCGAUGAUUACAGGAUUUGCACAAAAUGGAUUUCUUGAAGAGGCUUUUAGUAUUUUCAAAGAAAUGCCUCAAAGAAAUGUGAUCUCGUGGACUGCAAUGGUUGCAGGAUAUUCACAAAAUGGGUUUGUUGAAAAAGCCUUGGAAACUUUCAAGGAAAUGCAAGUGGCAGGUGUAAAGCCAGAUUCUACAACCUUUGCGAGCGUUCUCCCAGCCUGUGCCCAAAUGGGAGCUUUAGAACAGGGUAUGCAAAUUCAUCUAAGCAUAAUUGAAAGUGGAUCUUCAUCAGGCGUUUUAGUUGUCAAUGCCCUUAUAGACAUGUAUGCAAAAUGCGGAAGCAUAUGCAAGGCACGUAAUCUGUUUGAUAAGAUGACUCAGAGAGAUGUGGCUUCGUGGAAUGCGAUGAUUGCAGGAUAUGCACAAAGUGGUUUUUCUGAAAAGGCCUUGGAGACAUUUAAGCAAAUGCAAUUAACGGGUUUAAAGGCAAACUCUAUAACCUUUGUCAGCAUCCUCCCAGCGUGUGCCAAAAUGGGAGCUUUAGAACAGGGUAUGAACAUCCAUGAAAGCAUAAUUGAAAGCGGAUUUUUGUCAGAUGUAGCAGUUGCAAGUGUCCUGGUCGACAUGUAUUCAAAAUGUGGAAGCAUACAGAAAGCCCGUGAACUGUUUGACAAAAUGCCUAACAAAAAUUUAAUCUCAUGGAAUGCGAUGAUUGCAGGAUAUGCACAAAAUGGCUUUUGCAUGGAUGCUCUCAAACUCUUUCAACUAAUGAAAUACUCUGGAACAUCCCCUGACUAUAUAAGCCUCACUUCUGUUUUAUUUGCAUGCAGCCAUGCAGGUUUAGUGGAUGAGGGCUGCAAAUACUUUAAUGACAUGAGUUUCUCGUACUGCAUUACGCCUACAAUUGAUCAUUAUGUGUGCAUGGUUGACCUUCUUGGCCGUGCUAGCUAUUUUGAGGAAACACUAAACUUUAUCAUUAAAAUGCCAAUUAAACCUGAGGUGAUUGUGUGGACGUGUUUUCUUGUUGUCUGCAGAUCGUAUAAAAAUAUAAGGUUAGGAGUAUUUACAGCAAGUCUCCUUUUUGAGCUGGAUCCUACUAGCACCACGGCUUAUGUUCUUCUGUCAAACAUCUACGCAGAAGUAGGGAGGUGGAGUGAGGUUCAAAAAGUAAGAAAAUUGAUGAAAGAUAGAGGAAUUCAAAAGAUGCCUGGAUGUAGUUGGAUUGAAAACCAUAAAAUGGCACAUACUUUUUGUGCAGGGGACAGAUCACAUCCACAGACACAGGAGAUCUAUGCAAAGUUGGAGGAAUUGUCUUGGGAGAUGAAGGCAUCAGGGUAUUUUCCAGAUUUAAGACAUGUACUGAAUGAUGUAGAGGAAGAGGAAAAAGAAUUGUUCCUCUGUCAUCAUAGUGAGAAGUUGGCAAUUGCAUUUGGACUACUAAAUUCAUCUCCUGGAACAACUAUUAGAGUUGUCAAGAACCUUCGAAUAUGUGUUGACUGCCACACAGUAGCCAAGCUUAUCUCCAAAAUAGUUGGAAGACAAAUUGUUGUGAGAGAUGCAAUCCGCUUCCAUCACUUCACACAAGGAAAAUGUACUUGUGGAGAUUAUUGGUGAAGCUAAGUGAACAGAGCUGUAAACACAGGAUUGCCUGAUGAAAAGUUGCACCAUGCUACAUCAUGCUAUACCAACGUGCUGUUGAGAUUAUAAAGGGGAAGUCUGUACAUUACUGGCACAAAAAGUUGGAGGAGAACAGGAGAAAGCAAAGGAUGCAAAUGUAUGAGGAAAUUCUGAAAGAUGCUUGGCGACCAGGUAAUGUGAGAGAAGGGUUUAUAAUCAAGCCAGUGCUUAGAAAUGUGGGUGAAGAACAGCUCUUGAUAGAUCUGCACUCCAACCUUUGUCAAUUGUCUUUUGCCCAUGUCAGAUUAAAUCAUGCGUAUCUGACGUUAUGUGCAAAUUUAUAUAUGUUCACAUGGAUUUUGUGAAUUUAUGGUAAGAGAUCUUUAAUGUUGAUUCACUUUCCUUCC